AUGGCAGCCGUGGCAGUCAUGGCAUGGGCACAUCUGUUGCACCCGACCUCACCCGUCUCGGUUGUCGUGGACAAGUACACGCAAAGACAUGCACAGAAAAAGCCGUCUGUUGAAUGUACAAAUACGAUUACGAAAGGGUGCAUCUAUCUCUUUCUGAGAGCUCUGGCAUGUUUGCGGGUGCCAGGGAGCCAGGCUAUGGGCAAGAUGACAUCGGUCGACGCCGCUACGGUAACCAUUGAUCGUGGGUAUUUCGACACUCUAGUGCGAAGGGCCCAUUUUAACUCUGAAUCGCUCGCGAAUAAUGGCCAUCCUCCACUCCUCGCCGUGACCGUGUCGCGGGGCGAAUACGACAGUCUUCAGGCGAUUGCCAAGCAAUAUGAGAACCUGCGACGCAAUCUACUCCGUGGCGGGGUCGGGGAGGAGACUGUGGAUCUCCUCAGUCAAGAUGACCACACAAUCCAAGACGGCAGGAGCCAAGCGCCUUCGCCAUCCAAGGCCGACGUGACGGACGACGGAGGUGCCCGACUGAACACGCCCACGCCGCAGCCUUCGACGGCCUUUUUCGACCAGCCCAAGCCUAGGACCUAUGGCUAUCGGAACGGCAACGGCUACAGCGGUAACGACACCGCGGGCGCUACCCACAAGCAUAGCGACCGUCCAGCGUGGGCAGACCACGAUGCAGAUCUGGAAGAUGAGGAGGACAUCUCAUGCGAUUCGCCCGUCGAGAGCCCUGGCGGUGCGGCUGCCCCCAAGCAGCAGGGACAGAAACCGCAGUUUGUCCGCCAAUGCAUGAGAACUAUCCAGCUUCAGAACCUUGCUGAGGGAAUCACCCAUGCCGAUAUCACCAGUGUUGUGCGAGGUGGUAUGGUCUUGGAUGUCUUCCUCCGGGCCCAUGAGCGCUCCGCGACCGUGUCUUUCCUGGACGCCAUGGAUGCGAAGAGGUUUUACGACCACGUGCGCAAGCAUGACUUGUAUAUCAAAAACAAGCGGAGUCAGGUUGAUAUCAAAUGGAGUGAUCGGCAGUUCAUUUUACCAGGCCAUGUGGCAGGUAAGAUUGGCUCAGGUGCCAGCCGUAACCUCGUCAUUCGUCGAUACGAUGGCAGGCACACGGAAGAGAAUAUCCGCGAGGAUCUAGACCAUAUUCACAAUCUUAUUGUCGUCAAGAUUGAGUUCCUCGGUGGAAACUGCUAUCUGAGUCUGAAUUCGGUGCACAAUGCCAUCUAUGCGCGGCAGUGCAUGAUGAGUCGAUUCAAGUACAAGGGUACAAAGAUCGACUGGGAUGUCGAUGAGUGUGCCCAGCCAUUGGAGCAACCCCCGCCGCCAGUGAAGCCGCGCAAGGAAAACGCGGCAUUGAAGAAGGCCCCCUCGACGGUUGCGAACCGUUUCCACCUGUUGCACAUCGACGACGGCGAGGAAGAUGAAAUAGCAGCGACAUUCCAGUCCAAGAAGUCGGUUGGCAUUGCCGCUUAG